AUGGUCUCAGCUCAGAUACCUGCGUUACAGUCAGCAGUCAACAGCUCGGGUGUAGCUCUGGGCAUCAUAGCUCAGCCCUUUGCUGAGCUCUCUUGCGAUGAGAAGGACGUGCCUCUCGUUAACUAUGGAGAAUCAGGGCCAAUGAGAUGCCCGCGAUGUAGGGCCUAUGCGAAUCCUGCUUUCCAAUGGAUUGGUGGCGGCGAGGAAUGCAUUUGCAAUUUCUGCAACUAUGUGAUGGAGGUCCCACAGAUACACCAGUGCCCUGUUCCGAGUAUGCGGGAGAGGCCGGAGCUCCAGUUCGGGAGUCCUGAUGGUUCUUCGACAGAACGCCCACCGGGAUUCUGCUUUGUCGUUGAUAGUGGCUACUACAGUGUGGCAUCAGGGAUGUUCCAUCAGAUCAUUGCUAGCAUGCGGACACUGCUUCCUUACAUGCCAACAGCGAGUGAAAUAUGCUUAAUACUCUUUGAUGAUGUUAUUCAUUGCUACCGUUUGAAUUCUACGGAUGAGGCUGAGGAGAUUAUUGUCGCUGAUGUGGACGAACCUUUCCUCCCGAUUCAUUCGAGCGCCUUGUUUGUGAGUCCACAUUCGAGGCAGGAGGCUAUUCAGAGGCUGCUAGACUCGGUCGUACGAGAGGUCGAAUCCAGUAGAAGGCCUUCCGUGUCGUGUGGUUUUGCAGCGCUUCAAGUGGCCACGCAAGGAUUGGGUAUGCACGGUGGUGGAACUGUGUUGAUGUUCUGUGGUCGGCCUCCAAGCCCCCAUGGGUCCAACGGUGACGACCGAUCGAAGUCCCGAGUGGAGGAAGGCUGA